AUGCAGCUCACCCGAACUAAACCAGUUAAGGAAGUAUGGGAAAAAAAUUCAUUCGCAACUUCAUCUGCCAUAUUUAACUCUCCGGACCAGUUUGCAUGGAAACACAAAGCACUACAUUGA